GGUGGAGCAAAAAUGUUCGCGCUGUUGCGUGCGGUCGAAGAAAACAGUUCGGAGAAGAAAGACUGGAACGACAAGUUCUCGUGGUUUACAAACCGUGAGUGCAACAAGAUCACCACCAUUCACGGCGAGAAGGAGUCGAUGUCGGACACCUGCAGCGGUUUUCCACAGAGGAACAACCAGUUCUAAUCUGUCAUUCACAAAUCUACUAUAUCCCAUGUUCCGCUAACUUGACGGAUCUCGCCUACUUGUGAUGUCUUGUUCGACGUAUCUUCUAUUUGAAGCUGCAGAACCUUUGUUGUCGAUGCAUUAUUGUUUCAACAAUGCUGCGGCGAUGCAUGUUUAAGUAAAAGCUGUUUGGCACG